CGACGCCUGCGAAAUCGAGCCGACGGAGGACGUGCCGCCGCCGAUGAUGGAGCGCGACGCCAACGAGUACGAGUUCGAGCUUGACGGCUGGGGACGGUGGGACAUGCCUUCGGACUUUACCGAGUACUACGACCUGCACGAGCACGCGGAGAGGAACACGGGGUACGACGGCUCGAGAGUCUGGCGCUUCAUCCACCAGAAGAUUUGCUUCCAGCUCGAUCUGCAGGAGCCCGAGAACUCGUGGAAGCGCGACUUCAACCGCGGCGUGUCAGGCCUCCACUCCGCCGUCUCCGCCUCCAUCGUCGGCGAUCUGCUGCGCACGGGCGACGAGGAGGAGGCGAGGCUGCAGUACCGCCGCCGGCUGCGCGACGAGCCAGGCGCGGUGCCGAACCUGUACUUUGCAACCAUGCUGACCCUCUGCGCCAUCCAGAGGGUCGCCCCGCGGCUCGGCCGCUGCACCUACCUCGGGGACGUGCGGCAGGUCUGGCCGCCGAUGGAGCAGAUCCUCAACUCUCCCGCCCUCGCCGAGCCGUCUCUCUCUCGCGCCGCGGCGCUGCUGCGCGAGCACGCAGACUCGGAGGAGGCCGCGCCGUGGAAGAUCCGGCUGCGCACGCGCGACUUGCUCGGGGUGAUGAACUGCGUCCAGUGCAACCUCUGCCGGCUGCACGGCAAGGUGACGGUGGCUGGGUUCGCCGCCGCACUGCAGGUGCUGCUCGGGUACCGCGGCAGGGGGGACCACUGCGACAAGGAGGCGGACCCGUACUCGCUCAACCGAGUCGAGGUGGCUGCCCUCGUCGUCACCGGGGGAAAGCUCGUCGCCGCCUGCCACACCGUCGAGACGCUGCAGGCCCUCGAGGCGUAAUACUUGAGAACCGAGAGCGCCCGCGCAGCACACACGCACACGGUGGCACACACGCGCCUAAACGCGCCAGAUCUCUUCAAGAUCAAGCUUCCUUUUCCCUUUUUCAACUUUUUGUGUUGGCUGUGGCA